AUGUGGAUCCUCCCGCUCAUCGGCUACGCCGGAGCCAUCCUCGGCUUCUGCUUCCUGACGCUGGCCAUCGCGUCGGGGCUCUACUACCUGUCGGAGCUCGUCGAGGAACACACCGUCAUCGCCAAGCGCCUCUUGACGCGCCUCAUCUACACCGUCAUCGGCGUGCAGGUCGCGCUGUGGCUUCUCGACGGCUUCCCCUUCUGGUCCUCGUUGCUGGGCGUCGUCGCGCACGUCGUCUACCUCGGCAACAUGCGCCGCUUCCCCUUUGUGCGGCUGUCCGACCCGCUGUUCCUGCUGUCGUGCGUCCUUGUCCUGCUCGAUCAUUGGGUCUGGUUCCGGCACUUUUCGCAUAGCCAGACGCGCGCGUACCAGCGUUCCUCGUACUACGACACGGUCGACGUGCCGAGCUUCACCAUGAUAGCGUCCUACUUUGGCCUGUGCGUGUGGCUCGUGCCGUUUGCCCUCUUCGUCAGCCUGUCGGCCGGCGACAACGUGCUGCCGACAAUGGGCACCGAGCCGGUCCGCGGCGUGGAUGGCAAGGCCCGCCCGCAGGGCAUGGUCAAGGCUGUCGUGGACUGGGCGCGCGGCGCCAUCGGCGAGAUUGCCGGCUCCACGGGCUUGGAGCGGCCAUGA